AUGCUAUCGUCAUCCGCCCACAGAUCAAUUCUGGCUGCUUCCUUCAAAAUCCCACUUGGCGGCUCCCUAGCGCCGGCCGUUCGUCCAGCCAGCAUCACCAGGCUGCUGCACGGCAGCCGCGCGCUCAGCGAGGACGCGACCGACAAAGACGCCCCAAAUGCCGACGAAUCCAAACAGACGCUCCCACAAAAGGCAUCAAACAUCGUCCGCACCAUCUUGCACGGCUCUGAGCAGGUCAGGCAGGAGACCCGGGACACACUAUCCAAGGUGCUGGCCCGCGGCAAGUAUGUGCACGAGCUGGCCACCCACCGUGUCAAACCUGGCCGCAUGGAGGAGUACAAGGCUGUCGUGGCAGAACUGUACCCUUACAUCGUCCGCAACCUCAGCCCCGGCACAAAGCUUGUCGGCAGCUGGGAAUCCGACAUCGGCGACCUCGACACCGCUAUCCAUAUCUGGGAGUACAAGGGCUACCCGGCGCUGUCCACCGCCUAUCUGGAGUACAGGACCGAUCCAAAGUACAAAGAGCUGCACCAGAAGAUGUUGUCGUUCCUACGCGAGCGCCAGUCGCAGAUCAUGCUCGAGUUCCACUUUUGGCCGACUCACCCGCCCGUGACAAAGGGCGGCCUGUACGAGCUGCGCAGCUACACCCUAAAGUCGGGCACACUGCUUGACUGGGAGCAAAACUGGCGCGUCGGCGUCGAGUGCCGCAAGCACCACGAGGUACCCAUGGGCGCCUGGUUUUCCCAGCUCGGCAAUCUCAACCAGGUCCACCACCUCUGGCAGUACCCAGAUCUGCAAGUGCGCAAGGAGGUCCGCGAGGCUGCGUGGAGCGAAGACGGCUGGCCAGCCACUGUUCUAAACACCGUUCCGCUCAUCCAAAACAUGAGCUCGCGCAUCAUGCUCCCCAUGCCAUUUAGCUCUCUCAAGUAA